GCUGCCGGGCAACUUUUCCCUGCUCACAGCCGGGAGCGGGAGAGAAGCCCUCGGGACGAAUUCUGGGGAGUCUUUGGGGUUCUUGGGUCCCGGAGCAAACCCAGAGCAGCUCCAGUGCCCAGGGCGGGCUCGGGAUGCGGCCAAGAAUGACGAGCGGCGCGCGGCUGCGGCUGUUGCUAAUGCUCACUCAAGGCAUUUUAAACUGUUGUGUGGCAUACAAUAUUGGCCUCCCAGAAGCAAAGAUAUUCUCUGGUCCUUCAAGUGAACAGUUUGGCUAUGCAGUGCAGCAGUUUAUAAACCCAAAAGGCAACUGGUUACUGGUUGGUUCACCAUGGAGUGGCUUUCCUGAGAACCGAAUGGGAGAUGUGUAUAAAUGUCCUAUUGAUCCAUCUACCACUACAUGUGAAAAACUGAAUUUGCAAACUUCCACGAGCAUUUCCAAUGUUACUGAGAUGAAAACCAACAUGAGCCUUGGCUUGACACUGACAAGGAACGCGGGAACGGGAGGAUUUCUUACCUGCGGUCCCCUGUGGGCACAGCAGUGUGGAAGCCAGUAUUACACAACCGGGGUUUGCUCUGAUGUCAGUCCUGAUUUUCAGCUCCUGACCAGCUUUUCACCUGCAGUUCAGACCUGCCCUUCCCUCAUAGAUGUUGUGGUUGUAUGUGAUGAAUCAAACAGUAUUUAUCCCUGGGAUGCAGUAAAGAAUUUUUUGGAAAAAUUUGUCCAAGGCCUGGAUAUAGGCCCCACAAAGACACAGGUGGGGUUAAUUCAGUAUGCCAAUAACCCAAGAGUUGUGUUUAACCUGAACACUUUUAAAACCAAAGCUGAAAUGAUUGAAGCAACAUCCCACACAACCCAAUAUGGUGGAGACCUCACAAAUACGUUCAAAGCAAUUCAAUAUGCAAGAGAUUCCGCUUAUUCAGCAGCUGCUGGUGGACGACCAGGUGCUACCAAGGUCAUGGUGGUUGUAACUGAUGGGGAAUCCCAUGAUGGUUCAAUGCUGAAGGCCGUGAUCGAUCAAUGCAACAACGACAAUAUACUGAGGUUUGGCAUAGCAGUUCUUGGGUACUUAAACAGAAACGCCCUAGAUACUAAAAAUUUAAUAAAAGAAAUUAAAGCAAUUGCCAGUAUUCCAACAGAAAGAUACUUUUUCAAUGUCUCUGAUGAAGCAGAUCUACUGGAAAAGGCCGGGACGUUAGGAGAACAAAUUUUCAGCAUUGAAGGUACUGUUCAAGGAGGAGACAACUUCCAAAUGGAAAUGUCGCAAGUGGGAUUCAGCGCAGAUUACGCUCCUCAAAAUGAUGUUCUGAUGCUGGGUGCAGUAGGAGCUUAUGACUGGAGUGGGACUGUUGUUCAGCAGACACCUCAUGGACAUUUGAUCUUUCCUAAACAAGCCUUUGACCAGAUCCUGCAGGACAGAAAUCAUAGUUCAUAUUUAGGUUACUCUGUGGCUUCAAUUUCUACUGGAAAAAGCAUCCACUUUGUUGCUGGUGCUCCUCGGGCAAAUUAUACUGGCCAGAUAGUCCUGUACAGUGUUAACGAGGAUGGCAAUGUCACAGUUAUUCAGUCUCACAGAGGCGACCAGAUUGGCUCCUAUUUUGGUAGUGUGCUUUGUGCAGUGGAUGUGGAUAAAGACACCAUUACAGACGUGCUCUUGGUAGGUGCGCCAAUGUACAUGAAUGACCUAAAGAAAGAAGAAGGAAGAGUCUACCUAUUCACUAUCACAAAGGGUGUUUUGAAUUGGCAUCGAUUUCUGGAAGGCCCUGAGGGUGUGGAAAAUGCGCGAUUUGGCUCUGCGAUUACAGCUCUUGCAGACAUCAACAUGGAUGGCUUUAACGACGUGAUUGUUGGUUCACCUUUGGAAAAUCAGAACUCUGGAGCUGUGUACAUCUAUAAUGGCCAUGAGGGCACCAUUCGCUUGAGGUAUUCCCAGAAAAUCUUGGGAUCCGAUGGAGCCUUUAGGAGCCGUCUCCAGUACUUUGGGAGAUCCCUGGACGGCUAUGGAGAUUUAAAUGGCGAUUCCAUCACCGACGUGUCCGUUGGUGCCUUUGGACAGGUUGUUCAGCUCUGGUCACAGACUAUUGCUGAUGUAUCUGUAGAUGCUUCAUUCACACCAGAAAAAAUCAUUUUGCUUAACAAGAAUGCUGAGAUAAACCUCAAACUCUGCUUUAGUGCGAAGUUUAGACCUACUGACCCAAACAAUCAAGUGGCCAUUAUAUAUAACAUCACAAUUGAUGCAGACCAGUAUUCAUCCCGAGUAACCUCCAGGGGGUUAUUUAAAGAAAAUAAUGAAAGGUGCUUGCAGAAGACCAUGAUAGUAAAGCAAGCACAGAGUUGUUCUGAGCACAUCAUCCACAUACAGAAGCCCUCUGAUGUUGUCAACUCUCUGGAUCUGUGUGUGAACAUCAGUCUGGAAAACCCUGGUACCAGCCCUGCCCUCGAAGCCUACUCGGAGUCAGCCAAGGUCUUCAGUAUCCCUUUCUAUAAAGACUGUGGUGAUGAUGGAAUUUGCAUCUCUGAUCUAGUUCUAGAUGUUCAGCAGCUACCGGCCACUCAACAACAGCCGUUCAUUGUCAGCAACCAGAACAAAAGAUUAACAUUUUCAGUAACACUGAAAAACAAAAAGGAAAGUGCAUACAACACUGGAAUUGUUAUUGCUUUUUCAGAAAACCUGUUUUUUGCUUCCUGGUCCAUGCCGGUUGAUGGGACAGAAGUGACAUGCCAGAUCCCUUCAUCUCAGAAGUCUGUUACCUGUGAUGUAGGCUAUCCUGCUUUAAAGAGGGACCAACAGGUGACUUUCACAAUUAACUUCGACUUCAAUCUUCAAAACCUUCAGAAUCGCGCAUCUGUCAGUUUCCAAGCCUUAAGCGAAAGCAAUGAAGAAAACAAGGCAGAUAAUUCAGUCAGCUUCAAUUUUUCUCUGCUGUAUGAUGCCGAAAUUCACAUAACAAGGUUCACCAACAUUAAUUUUUAUGAAGUCUCCUCGGAUGGGAAUAUUCCUUCUACAGUGCACAGUUUUGAAGACAUUGGUCCAAAAUUCACUUUCUCCAUUAAGGUAACAACAGGAAGUGUUCCAGUAAGCAUGGCAUCUGUGAGCAUCCACAUCCCUCAAUACACCAAGGGCAAGAACCCGCUGAUGUACGUGACUGGGGUGCACACAGACCAGGUCGGUGACAUCAGUUGCAAUGCUGAAAUAAAUCCACUGAAAAUAGGACAAACAUCUUCUUCUCUAUCUUUCAAGAGUGAAAAUUUCCGGCACAUAAAAGAAUUGAACUGUAGAACUGCUGCGUGUAGUAACAUCACCUGCUGGCUGAAAGACCUUCAAGUGAAAGGAGAAUACUUCCUUAAUGUGUCUACCAGAAUUUGGAACGGGACUUUUGCAACAUCGACUUUCCAGACAGUACAGCUGACAGCAGCUGCAGAAAUCGACACCUAUAACCCUCAGAUAUAUGUGAUCGAAGAAAACACUGUCAUGAUUCCCAUUACAAUAAUGAAACCCCAUGAGAAAGCUGAAGUACCAACUGGAGUUAUAAUAGGAAGUGUAAUUGCUGGAAUCCUUUUGCUAUUAGCUUUGGUUGCAGUUUUAUGGAAGCUCGGAUUCUUCAAAAGAAAAUAUGAAAAAAUGACCAAAAAUCCAGAUGAAAUUGAUGAGACCACAGAACUCAACAGCUGAAUCACCCAGCAGUUCCCACUGCAGAGGAAGUGGCAACAUCACAGCCAGGGUUUACUGUUCUCAUGAAUGGGUUGUUUAAAAACCGCAGUGUAAUUUUUAAUGUAACAGGUAAACUAGCCUGAUAUUUUAUUUUUAAAAAACUGCAGGUCAGUUUGGAAAGAAAUUGGGGGUGCGGUGGGGGGGGUUGGGAGGUAGGUGUCUAAAGACUCAAGGACUUAUUUUAUAUUCGGGUUCGGGGGGAGUGAUCUUUCUGCUGGCUGGUCCGGAGUUUACAUUAUAAUGUACAUUGUAGCAGAAAUACAAAAUGCUUCCAAACAGGAGAAGUCUUAAAGAAAACUAUAACCUUUCUGAGAUUUUAGGGGUGGUGGUGGGGAACCAUUUAAAAUGAUUGUUUUUAAACAAUGGAAGUGAAGUAGAAUCAAUAUAUAAUUAGGAUAUUGGUGCUGAUGGGUAAUAAUAAAAAAACCACUGGUCUUGAAUUUCUGCUGCUCAUCCAAAAUUGCCAUAGAAGGUAUUUUCAGUGAUAAUUUGGUUUAUAAACUAGGUACAAUGUGCUGUUGUCAGCCCACACUUGCUUCUUCAGAGCCCCCUUUCUUGCCAUGGUAUACUUAUCCGAACGUGCUAGAAUGACUGGUAGGAGAGCUCCUGCAGAGAAAAAUCUCCAUUUAAGGGGAAGGGGGGGGGGUGUUUAGAGGCCAAAGCACAAACUUUUGUUUCUAGUCGGUAACAACAUUUAUGGCAUGAUCCUGUCCGCUGCCAGUGGCCCUGCCUGGAAGGAAGAAGAAAUUUCCUUUUUCCUUCAGGACGCACAAUGGCUGACUUGAAUGGCUGGCUGGCAAGGACCUUCUGCAUUUUUGAGAGAUGAGUAGCUUCUUUGGACUCCUUCACCGAAUCUCUCUUCCACCUCCUGAUGCCCCCAUAUUCUUGAAGGCUGCUGCUGCCCCCCUUCCUCUCCAAUGCAGAGUUAUCCACCCUCCUGUAAUCCCUUGUCUAAAUCCUUCAUUCCCAGGGCAGCUGCUCUUCUCCAGAUGUGAGAAGGAUGCCAUCUGUUUAACUUCCACACUUGCCUGAAUUACUGUAUAUUCCCCUUAACUUCAGAGAGCUACAUUCAUUUGUUGCUAAAUAUGUAAGAAAAAUAAGUCCAAGUGAACUUCUAAUUGCUGAGACUUCCAGCAGCAUAAACAAGGUAAAACAUCUCAGGAAUUUUUCAAGAUGUUACAAGGAGACAUCAAAAGCCAUCAAAUUAGCACAUGCACCCGCUCUACUUGUCUGUUUCUGGAGGCCUUAAACUUCCAGAAGAAAGACCUUCCCCUGGAGUUUGCUCACCAGGUGUAGAGUCUCAGGCCCCAGAUCCUGAGAGUCAGGUUUAGUUGGGGUGGAAUGAGGUUGUGUGACCCAUAUUUUAACAAGUGUCCCCAGUCCUUGUGAUGUAAAUGGGCCACCACGAGGAACACCACUUAGUUGCACCUUCUUUUCUCUACUUCUGAGCUCACUCGAUCUCUAGGAGAGAGUCGGGAGGAAAGGGCACAGGCGAAGGCUGUGGGGACUUUUAUGUCAGAAAGUACAUACUGAAAGCUCUGGACAAGUCACUCAGACUCUAAACUUCAGUGUCCUCAUUACGAAAUGAGGACGACUGGGCUGGAGCUUAGCAGUGACGCUUUUAAAUUUAAAAACCCACAAUCUGGGUUUCUUAUAAGACAAAUAGACAAUCCUCCAAGAAUCUGACUCCAAAGAGAAGUCAGGAGGAAAAAGGAAUCAGCUCAUGCACGCGCCUGGCCUCCAUGACAAGGUAGGCCUGUCUGUACACUUCCGUGAUUUAUUUGUAUUUGACAAAACAAAGGGAUUAAAAAAAAUUAGACAUAAAAUAUCACGGGUUUAUAGCAAAAACAGCAUGGUACUCUCUAGUUACACUGCUAGAGCCCAAUUCUUAUAACAGCCAUGUGGGUUCAAACACUGUUUCAUUCCAAGGAUAAUUACUUUUUUAAAAAGAGUGGAGGAGAAACUGGUCCUUAAGUUGAUACAGACUAUUUAAUAAACUGAGUCACUGCUGUAUAUAUCUAUAUACUAGUUCAGUGUAACAUACUACGAGUUAUACAUGUCAUCCUGUUAGGUUACUCUGCCCCACCAUCCUUAAACUAAGCUAAACUGAGGUCACAUACACAUAGCGAGCUUGUGAGCUCUGGCAAGCGUUGUGCCUUAGAUAAUCCUCCUUGACGGUACUGUUGCCAUGAAGAAGCUGGAUUACUACAGACUGAAAAAUGGCCACUUGUCUCUGUACCGUUUACCACACUGAGGCAGGGUUUCUCAUCUUUGACACUACUGACAUUUGGGGCCAGGUAAUUUUUUUCAGGGGACUGUCCUGUGCAUGUAAGAUAUUUAGCAGCCUCCCUGGCCUCUCUACCACCAACCAGAAGCAACCUCUCCCCCUAGUGGUGACCGUGUCUCCAGACAAUGUGUAACACCUCCUAGGAGGCAAAAUCAUUCUGGGAGCCACUGCACUAAGAGCAAGUGGCCUGAGUAUACAGCAUUGUCAGAUCACAGAUUUGAGGCAGAGACUCUAGCGAGGAAUAUUUCUCCAGCACUUUUAAGCAAAAACUAAGUAUUCAUCCCAGAAAUUAAAGAAUUGUUUGAAAGACACAGCUAACUAUUCGUAUUCAGCCAUACUUUUGUUUUAAAAGUGAGGAGAAUAUGGGGCUUAAAUGAUGCCAUCUUACAGUUUCCAUUUCAUAAAUGGUAUAUAGACAAUAUUCAUAGAAUGUGAUAAAAAUUGAGUUGCUUCAUGCAUGGUUGCCACACGAGCCUUAUGACAUAAUAACAUAGUAAAACAGAAGAAACUGUAUCAAGAUUUGAAAUUGUUCAUUGUUCAUUUUAGCAGCAAAAUGAGAACUGGACAGAUUCCUAGCUGCCUAUGUUAUUUAUAUAAAGUAGUAAAAGUUAUUAACUGUGAAAACUAAAACCAAUUUAUCAUAAUCACACAAGUGAUUAUACUAAAAGUUAUUAUAAAAGGUAUAAUUUUAUAAUGUAAUUUAUUAUACACACCUAUAACUUAAUUUAUGAAAACUAAUGAAUUAGGACACCAUUAUACAAACCAUUAAACAGGAUUUCUCAAACUGAGCUCCCUGGUCCAUCUUUAAUAUUUCUGCUUGCACACAAAAAAUAAUUAUAUACACAACUUUUUAGGACUAUGCCCUCAUUAACGCAUACUCAUUUUAAUCAAUCCAAAGACUAGCUAGCGGUAAGAAGUAUACAUGGGGGUAAAAUUUGAAAUAAAAAUGUUAACUAUUUCUCAACCUUAAAGAAUGAAAAUGUAGCCAUUAUGUAAAUAUGAAUAGAUGGUUUCAUAUGUACCUGAUUUAUUUUGGCAGAUAAGGUCAAACUGUAUAUAUUGCACAACUAUGUUAAAAUUGUAUAUUUUUUAAAGACAUUGUCUUAGUUUCCUUCAUACAUAAUGUGUAAAUCUUUAAGAUGUGAUAAGUAUAUUUGCUUUUUUGGGAUUAACUGGUUUUUGUCUUUUUUCUUUCCGCCAAAAAUAUAAAAAUGAAUGCACGCAGGUUUGUACAUCGAGUUUCACAAUUCAUUUGAUUUCCGAGAAAUAAAAAUCAAAUUGGAGCAGCAAUCAACAAACUAGUUAAGAGCUUUUCUCCUAUUAAAGUAUGAGAAUCAAAGUAUUAUUUAAUUGUAAACCACUCUUUACAUACCACAUUACUGAAUAUCAUUACUCAUUUUGAAAAUAAAGCUAUUUACUUUGGAA